AUGGCGCGGAAGUCGAACCUGCCUCUGCUAUUUGUGCUUCUGCUCGCCCCGGCUCACGUAGGCAGCUCCAGUCCUCUGCCACUGGUCCUCAACACUUGGCCUUUUCAGAAUGCAACUGAUGCAGCCUGGAGGACAUUAGCAUCUGGAGGUUCUAGCCUGGAUGCAGUUGAGAGUGGCUGUGCUGUAUGUGAGAAGGAGCAGUGUGAUGGCACUGUAGGCUUUGGAGGAAGUCCUGAUGAAUUUGGAGAAACCACAUUGGAUGCUAUGAUCAUGGAUGGCACUACUAUGGAUGUAGGAGCAGUAGGAGCUCUUAGACGAAUUAAAAACGCUAUUGGUGUGGCUCGAAAAGUACUGGAAUACACAACACACACACUUUUAGUAGGAGAGUCAGCCACUAAAUUUGCGGAAAGCAUGGGAUUUAUCAAUGAAGAUUUAUCUACCAGUACUUCUCAAGCUCUUCAUGCAGCUUGGCUUGCUCGAAAUUGCCAGCCAAAUUAUUGGAGGGACGUUAUACCAGAUUCUUCAAAAUAUUGUGGGCCCUACAAACCCAAGCCACACAGCAUCUUAAAACAAGAUGAUCCUACCUAUCAAGAAAAAGGAAAUAAUUACGGUCAUGAUACUAUUGGCAUGGUUGUAAUCCAUAAAACAGGACAUACUGCUGCUGGCACAUCUACAAAUGGUAUAAAAUUCAAAAUACCUGGCCGUAUAGGAGAUUCGCCAAUACCUGGAUCAGGAGCUUAUGCUGAUGAUACCGCAGGAGCAGCUGCAGCCACGGGAGAUGGUGAUAUAUUGAUGCGCUUCCUACCAAGCUACCAAGCGGUUGAAUAUAUGAGAAGUGGAGAAGAUCCAACCAUAGCUUGCCAAAAAGUUAUUUUAAGAAUUCAGAAGCAUUUUCCAAAUUUCUUUGGGGCUGUUAUAUGUGCCAAUGUGACUGGAAGUUAUGGUGCUGCUUGCAAUAAACUUCCAACAUUCACUCAAUUUAGUUUCAUGGUUUAUAAUUCUCUAAAACAUCAGCCAAGUGAGGAAAAAGUAGACUGCAUCUAA